AUGGGGGCCACAGCAAGAGAAGAGCCUGGGUCUGGGGCACCAAGUUGUCCUCAGAAUCCUCAGGGCAUCUUUUCUCUCCCUACUGCUUUGGCUUCCAAUGCAAGGAGCCAGUGUUGUGAGAGCUCAGGUAGGCAAGGAGAGGAGGGUGCGAGUUCCUCCCAGGGCGAGGAUGCCUCUCAGGUCAUGCAGGAUGAGCUCCUAAAUGACAAGUUAGAUAAAUUGCUGCCAUUCCUGCUCCAGAAGUAUCAAAAGAAGGAGCAGGUCACCAUGGAAGAAAUCCUGCGUGUCAUGGACCCGGGUUAUCGUGCGUAUUUGCCUCUGAUCUUUAGGCUUCUCUGUAAGUGCAUGUAUCUGACGUUUGGUAUUGAUAUGAGAGAAGUGGCUGCCCCUGGCCACACAUACGAGCUUGUCCCCAUCUUGGGCCUCACUUAUAAUGGGAUACUAGAUAACGAGGUCCAGAUCUCUGCCAAAGCAGACCUCCUGAUACUCAUCCUGAGUACAAUCAUUAUAAAGGGCAACUCUCUCAGUGAGGGGGAUCUAAGGGACCUACUGAGCAACAGGCAGGAAUUAGGUGAGAGGGAGUAUGUUAUUGAGGAUCCCUGGAAAUUCAUCACUGAGGAUUUGGUUCGGGAAGGGUACCUGGUGUAUCAGCAGGUUCCUAACAGUGAUCCUGUUUGCUACGAGUUCCUGUGGGGUCCGAGGGCCCAUGCUGAAACCACCCAGAUGAAAGUCCUGACGCACAUGUUCAGCCUUGAUAGGACAGACCUCAGGUCUUACCCACAUGUAUGCAAGCAGCCUCCUAGAAAGAAAAAUGAUAAGUUGAGGGCCCGUAAGGGGAAGGAUGAGUGA